AUGACAGACCAAUCUGUCACCCUGACAGACCACCUAUACCCCUACACAUUGUUACUGAUUACUUUGAUAUUCUCAUUAUAUUCUUACUUGGAUCGAUCUGAUGGAAUGAACAAAUCUGUUGGAAGUUUGCCAUGGCGAAAUCUGUCUGAAAUGGAGGUUGUGAAGAAGUUCAAUAGUGACGCACUUCCAAACAGAACUGACACACGAACUGCAGACGAAAUGUGUAGCAAUUACUCAGAUUAUCAAUGUAUACCACCUCUGAGAAUAUUCGAGGCUAAGUUUCGAGUUAGGAUAGCACCGAAGUACAAAAUCUCUACAUGCCUGAUUCAAAAGUGCAUGUCAACUGUGAUGCAAGCGAUUUUCUGCUUUCUCUCAGAUGAGGACGGCUUUCGUCAGAGCGGAAGGAAAUUCUUCAGUGAAAGUCAGCACAUGAGAUCUUGUGCAAAUCACUUCAAAGCACCAUCGAUGCAAAAUCUUCUAUGGCGUAUAUAUGAGCAUAACGAGGAUGGCUGGAUGCACACUAUGGUCAUUCGCGAUCCUGUAGAUCGUUUUCUAUCGGGAUUCAUUGAUAAAUGCAUCAGGGAUCAUCUACCAGGGGCGUACUGUAAUGGUUGCAAGGCAAAUAUGACAUGCUUCAUAAUCAAGGAAUAUGAGAGGAUGGUGAUAGAGGUAGCUCAACCAAAGUCUUGCAACUUUUCCCAAUCGGGAUUCUGCUAUGGCUUGGAAGAUUAA